AUGAGUGUCCUUGAAAGAUUUGCUAGAACCAACCACAGCGUCAGGUCACGAAGGGAAAAGUUCCAACAAAAGGCUCGUCCAGCGCCAAUCCAGAUCACUGAAGAUGGACCUUCCCGAUCUUUGUUCGGUAGACCAAGAGAUAUCAUCGUCAAUCAGCUCCUGACGCCUACGAUUCGUCAUUUCAGCUUUGACGGGGGAAACCUACCUUUUUCGCGGAAGUCACCCUCUCCUAGAGCGCAAUCCACCGAGUCCCUCCAUUCCGAUGACUCUGAAGAGCUUGGCUGGGACAAGACGACGCUAUUAACCUUGUCAGACUCAGUCCGGGCUUCUCUCCAGCACGACAGAAGUCUAGGGCCUGAUUCCGAGAAGCUCAGCAGGUUCCUGGAGACGGUGUUGAAAGACGAAGAGCGGAGACAUCCAACGUUGGACUUCGAGACGAUCGAGCACGCGCGGCUUGACAAGCUGCUCAACGAGAUCCUUCUGUUUGUGGAAACUAUGAAGACUACAACUUUCGCGACAGACCUGCCGCUGAGGUUCCGGGUCGACGCUGCGCAUUGUAAGAAAUUGCAGGUUAUCUGGAGGCAUCGGUUUCGUGAGCAGUAUAUCAUGAUUGACCAACUACGAUGCGCUGUUUUGGUGAAAGGCGGUCGGCUGAAGGACGUCUCUUUCAACUGCGCGCUAACCUACGAUCUCGGUAAAUGGCAGACAAGGGAAACCAAUCCAGUAUCCGAGGUAGAAGGGAAUCAGCAAUUCGAAGCUGGCCAUUGGUGGCUGAAUAUUGUCUGUGCCCAAAGAGAUGGUAUCGUUGCGUGUCCGUCCGAGCAGCCUACCAGUGGUCAAUAUGGUAUCACAGCACUUCCUCUGCUCACUGGGCAAGAGGAGAUUGUCCAGAAAAACGGUAUGGACUUGGUGAAGUACAUCCGUAAGGGUCGGUCUUCGGAUAUGCAUAUUGCAUUGAUAUCUCAGGUUGGCCAGAAGAUCCGGAUUCUGAGGGGACACAAAUUGAAGAGCAUCUAUGCACCUCGGGCUGGCGUCCGCUAUGAUGGCUUAUACACAAUUCGACAAUACGGAACCAAGCUCGAUAUGGUCACCAACACACAUCGCCUUGAGCUGACCCUGGAAAGGGUGAAGGAUCAGAAACCAAUGGAAGUUCUCAACAGAGUCCCCAAACCCUCACAGCUUGAUGACUGGAAACUAUAUGAGAAGCUUGAAGGGGACAAGAUCAAGUUAAUGGAAGGAGACGCUAGAUAUCUGGAGUGGAAUCUCCAGAGAGAAGAGGAGAGGAUAGACAGGGAGGACUGGAGAAGGGAUCGCGAGUUUAGAGCAUCUUUCUCCUAG